GGUCCAAUAUUUUGAAAAGAAGGAGCCAUGGCUCAGAGACUUUCAGAGCUUGAGGUGGGUUCAAAUUGGAGAGAACCUUGACUCUCAGGCUAAGAAAUUUUGAAGUUUGUCAACAGUGGAGAAGAGAAAGUUUAGAGAAUAGUAUAACACAGGAACUCUAGGAGUGUGAAGGAUUAUUCUAGUUAUUUUGACCAAGGAAGGGACCUGUAGUGGGUAGACAAAGUAUAAUAAGGGUAAUUUAAUAGACCAAACAUAGAUGGAAAAAACCUGAACUUUCAGAGCAAGACCUGUAGGCAAGCUUUAUGUUUAAAAACUUUGUGUUAAUAAUUUGUGAAGUGUUUUCUUAGUACACAGUUAACACAGUUGUUACUAAAAUGAAAAAACCAGAGCAAGGACUUUAAAAACGCCUUCUUGAAUACUUUCUUUUGUACUAGGUGUUUUUCUUAUAACGCUGAAGGAAAUCUUUUAACUGAGCCAAUAGGUUACUUGGAAUCCUGUUUCACAGCCAAGAAUGGAACUCCACGGCAGCCAUCCAUCUGUUCCCAUUCACGUGCCUGUUUGAGGAUUAGAAAGAGCAUCUUUAAUAAUCCUGAACAUUCCUUGAUGGGCUUAGAACAGUUUUCUCAUGUUUGGAUUUUGUUUGUUUUUCACAAAAAUGGUCAUUUGAGCUAUAAGGCAAAAGUGCAGCCCCCAAGACUGAAUGGUGCAAAGACUGGAGUGUUUUCCACAAGGAGCCCUCAUCGCCCCAAUGCAAUAGGACUGACCCUGGCCAAGCUGGAAAAGGUAGAAGGGGGAGCUAUAUAUCUCUCUGGGAUUGACAUGAUACAUGGCACACCGGUGCUAGACAUAAAGCCCUACAUAGCUGAUUAUGACUCACCACAGAAUUUGAUGGCACCUCUACGGGACUUUAAUAUGCAGAAUAACCAACAUAAACCCAAAACUGUGUCCCAGACCUAUGGUAAGACUAAUUGCUGUGACCAGCAACAGCUCUCAGGAUAUGUUGCACCUCAGCUGUACCAAAGCACUAAGGAGAAACCUACAUGCCCUGAAGACAGAACUUCAGAAGAAAACUACCUGAAACACAAUGAUACAGCAAAAAUCCAGCAACCCUUUUCUAAGCACAGAGAGAGAGCAGCAGAUCUUGGUGUGAAACUAAGAAGCCAUCAGAGUCUGAAUGUAGCAGAAGAGCAAAUGGGCCCACAUGGCCUUGAGAAGACACCUCUAGAAGAAGGUACAGAGAAGAGGCCAGCGAGCAGGGAAGGAGCCCUAAUUGUGCAAGGAAACAGUGUGGAGAUGCAGCCCAUGCCUCCUCCAUGCCCGGCCAGGACCAGGAAGGCUGACAGCAUUGUUCCUGCCUGGAUGAGAGAGGCACCCACGGCCCCUUUAGAAGUCCGGUUUACUCCUCAUGCAGAGAUGGACCUCUGGCAGCUCAGCUCAGGUGAAUCAGAUCCUGGUCAGGCAGCCUUUAGGUAUUUUCAGUCAACAGAGGAAGCAAAGUGUGCCAUCGAGGCUGUGCUGUCUGCCGACCCCCGCUCAGUGUAUCGACGGAAGCUCUGCCAGGACCGCCUUUUCUACUUCACCGUGGACACAGCACACGUCACUUGCUGGUUCGGUGAUGGCUUUGCAGAGGUUCUCAGGAUCAAGUUGGCCCCUGAGCCUGUGCAUACGACUUGAGCCUGUGGGUCUUUGAUGUCUCUGGGAUCUUAAGAAGCCUCUGCCAUGUCUUUGAAACAGCCUCAUUGAUUGGCCUCUGGAUAAAAACACAGGAUAAUCACUGCAUCCUUUUUGCCUGCUGAUAUUGAAGAAUCCAAAGAUGAUUCUGAUCUUGGUGAUUUCCAAAAGAAGCUGAUUAUUUUUGCACUUGAUAAAAUUAGGCAGAGAUCAUUCUAGCAGAGACUUUGACACUAGAGUUGAUCUGUUCAGUGAUUCACAUUGGGAUUGGGGAUGCAGCACUGUGGUAGAGUGCUUGCUUGGCAUGUGUGAGGACCUGAGUUUGGGCCCCAGCACUGCAAAAACAACAACAAAGAAAAACCCAAACAACUUAACUCCUGUCUGGAGCCUAACCGUUUUUAUUCUAAAUCAAGCUGAGUUAUGAUAUCUUAAGAAAUUAACAGAAACACGGUCCAGGAAUUUAGCUCAGUGGUUCCGCCGCCUGCCUCGCAAGCACAAGGACCCAAGUUUGAUCCCUGGUACCAAAAAAAAACCCAAACAAACAAAAAAACACAUAGGUUUAGAAAUUAACAAAAACAAGUGGUUAUAAAGAUCUCUAGAGCCAGGUGUAGUAGCGCACACCCGUAAUCCCAGUAGUCAGGAGGCUGAAGCAUCAGGAUCACCACAAGUCCAAGUCCAGCCUGGACU